GCAAUUUUCAGGAACAGAUCUAACACCCAAAAAAAAUUAAAAAUAAAUAAAUAAAAAUCGAAAAUGUCUGGGAAAGAGAAGGGCGUCAAUGUUCAGGUUCUCCUCCGUUGCAGGCCGUUUAGUGACGAGGAGUUACGGAGCAAUGCGCCGCAAGUUGUGACUUGCAGUGAAUACAACAGAGAAGUAGCGGUGUCUCAGAACAUUGCCGGCAAGCAUAUCGACAGGGUUUUCACUUUCGAUAAGGUUUUUGGUCCUUCUGCUCAGCAGAAAGAUCUUUAUGAACAAGCUGUUACUCCAAUAGUGAAUGAAGUUCUAGAGGGAUUUAAUUGUACCAUUUUUGCAUAUGGUCAAACUGGUACGGGAAAAACCUACACUAUGGAAGGGGAAUGCAAAAGGUCAAAGAGUGGGCCCAAUGGAGAGUUGCCUCCAGGAGCAGGAGUCAUUCCUAGGGCUGUUAAGCAGAUUUUUGACACUCUUGAGAGCCAGAACGCUGAAUAUAGUGUGAAAGUCACCUUUUUAGAAUUGUAUAACGAAGAGAUCACUGAUUUGCUUGCCCCAGAGGAACUUUCAAAAGUUUCUUUGGAGGAGAAGCAAAAAAAGCAGCUUCCUCUUAUGGAGGAUGGUAAAGGUGGAGUUCUUGUAAGAGGCUUGGAGGAAGAAAUUGUAACAAGUGCUAGUGAGAUUUUUACUCUUCUUGAAAGAGGGUCUUCCAAACGGCGAACUGCGGAAACGUUAUUGAACAAGCAGUCCAGUCGGUCACAUUCACUAUUUUCAAUUACAAUCCACAUCAAGGAAGCAACCCCAGAAGGUGAAGAACUAAUAAAAUGUGGUAAACUGAAUUUGGUGGAUCUAGCUGGCUCAGAAAAUAUAUCUCGUUCUGGAGCUAGGGAGGGUCGUGCAAGAGAAGCUGGGGAAAUUAAUAAAAGUUUGCUUACUUUAGGGCGGGUGAUCAAUGCACUUGUGGAGCACCUUGGUCACAUCCCUUACAGGGAUAGCAAGUUGACGCGUUUACUGCGUGAUUCACUUGGGGGAAGAACCAAGACAUGCAUUAUAGCGACAGUGUCUCCUGCUGUUCAUUGCCUAGAGGAAACUCUGAGCACACUGGAUUAUGCACACAGGGCAAAGAACAUUAGAAAUAAACCCGAGGUUAAUCAAAAAAUGAUGAAAUCAACACUUAUCAAGGAUCUUUACGGUGAAAUCGAACGCCUUAAGGCGGAGGUGUAUGCUACACGUGAGAAAAAUGGAGUGUAUAUUCCAAAGGAAAGAUACUAUCAGGAGGAGAAUGAAAAAAAGGCUAUGUCAGAUCAGAUUGAACAGAUGGGGAUCACAAUAGAAGCACAUCAGAAGGUUUGCUUUCUUGAAAAACUAUUAUCUGUAGAAGAUGCAAUGCGCCUGCUUGUUGUUCUUGUUAUGACUGAAUUAUUUUUUUGUUACAACCAGCAACUUGAGGAUUUGCAAAACAAAUACAUUGAUCAAGUUCGGCAAUGCUCUGAUUUGAGCAACAAACUUGAUACUACUGAGAAAAACUUGAAAAAGACUGAUAAGUUGCUUGCCAACAAAGAGGAAGAUUUAAGGAAAUGUCAGUUUACCCUGAAAGAAAAAGACUUCAUCAUAUCUGAGCAGAGAAAAGCAGAAAAUGCUCUGGCUCAUCAAGCAUGUGUUUUACGAGCUGAUUUGGAGAAAGCUCUCGAGGAUAAUGCUUCAUUAUUUUUGAAAAUUGGUAGAGAAGAUAGAUUGAACUCGGAUAACAGAGCUGUCGUAAACAAUUUUCAAGCGGAGCUCGCCCAGCAGGUUGGUUCUCUUUGCAACACUGUUGCAACAUCACUGUCUGAACAGAUCGAACAACUACAAUGUGUGGAGAAGCUCUGUCAUUCUUUUUUGGGCAUUCAUGAUAAGGCGGUUAUUGAUUUGAAAAAGAAAGUGACAUCUCUAAGAGCCUUGUACAUAUCUCAUAUUGAGGCAGUGCAAAAUGUUGUGCGUUUGCAUAAGGCGAGCUCUGAUGCUACCUUGGAGGAAUUAUCAUCUGUUAUAUCCUCCAAUGGUCAUUCUAUUGAAGAAUUUCUUGCAUCUGAGGCCACUGAAGCUGGUUCAAUAUUUGAUGAUCUCCAAAGUUCUCUUUCAACUCAGCAGGAUGAAUUGGCACUUUUUGCAAGGGAACUAAGACAUAGAUUCAAUCUCAGCGUUGAACAAAUAAAUGAUAUCUCUGAGAGCUCUCAAGAAUUUGUGGAUAAGCUUUUCGAAGAAUCAAAAAAGCUUGAAGACUAUGCAUCACAGGCUGACCAAGUGCAAAUGAAGAGCAUUGCUGAGUUUAAGAAAGUUUAUGAGGAGCAGUCAAGAUCUGAUACAGAGAAACUUAUUGCUGAUAUGACUAGUUUAGUUUCUAAUCACAUUCGUCGUCAAAAGGAUCUGGUAGACGCGAAGCUUGUUGAUCUUCGAGAAAGUGGAAUCAUGAACAAGUCAUUCUUGGAUGGACAUGUGUCUUCAAUGGGAGAUAUUGUGACCCAUGCAAAAAGGAAAUGGCAGGCCUUUUGCUUGCAAGCAGAAAAGGAUGCGAAAGACACUGCUGAUUAUUCUGCAGCAAAGCAUUGUCGAAUGGAGGUACUCCUGCAGCAGAGUGUUAAUACUUCUCAAUCGGCUUUGGAUCAUUCAAAGAGGACGCAUGAGGCUGUCAAUGAGAUGGGGACCAAACAUAUAUCUGCAACACUGUCACUUAUCAGGAAUGCUUCUGAUAGCAAUGAGCAACAUGUCAUGGAGAUCGAUUCUGCGCGAGUUGCAGCAGAGGAGGAUGUGGCAGAGAACAGUGAGGAUCUUCUUGAGCAGUUUGAUGUCGCGUCUGCACAAGAGCGGGAGUCCAUAUCUGGCGUGUUAGAUGUGGUGAGCAAUCAUGCAAAUACACUUGAGACGUUCAGAGAGGAUCACGCUGGCCAAGCUGCUUCCAUUGAACACAAGGCAUGCGAAACUUUUCAGCAGCAGUAUAGGGACUAUGAGCCUAGUGGUACCUCACCAAUAAGAUGUGAGCCUGAUGUUCCGAGUAAGGGGACAAUAGAGUCUCUUCGAUCCUUGCCAAUUGACGCCCUUCUUGAGGAAUUCCGGGAAAAUAAUUCAUGUGAAAUUUCUGAUGUCAAGGAGUUGAAACCAUCACUUAUUCCACGUUCUCCUCUCAUCCAACUCAACUAA